UCAAAAUAUGGUUUGUUGGGCUGCCAAGGCAGCAUCAAAUUAUAUACAGUCCUGCGAUAUAUUUUAUAUUUUGCACAUAUGUGAAAUAUUCAGAUUUGUGGGAUAAUUGUGGCUGGUGAUGGGUUAAAGAAAUAAGAAGGCCUAGAAUAGAUGAAGUUUGCAGAAUGCAUUUUCCAGGAAUUGUUAACUGUCCUUAUGUGUCUACAGUCUAUGCUAAUGUCCUUUUAACUGUAGAUUCAUUUACUGCACUUUAAUGCUGUUCUGCUUCCUUUUGUCCUCAAGAUAGUUCCACCCUUUAUGUAAAUUCUGCCCAAUUUACAGUAGGCUUAUCUGCAACAAAUGUAAAUGCCACUUGGAGAGCCUUGAAUUAAAUCGUGUUUGAAACCUAAUGCAAGCUGAUUUCAAACAGUGAUGCCUUGUGUAAUCUCCCGUCUUCGUGGCAUCAUUUAUAGGGAAUUGUGCAUAAAAGAAGACACCUGUUUGAAGGAUCCCUAUAGUCCUAUUUAGGAUCAUGUGAAGUGGAUGGGGGGGCUUUUGGUAAUUUUUUUUUUUUUCUUCCCCUACCUGUUUCUUAAUGUCUGCUGCUCCAAGUAAAAUGUAUUCUUCCCUGACUGUUUGACAAGCCCAAUCCAGCUAUGAACACGGCGCGUUGACAUUUUAAGGUUAAGACUGCCUCAAGUCUUCAUUCAAUAAAUAGAAUGUUUGACAUUGGCAAAAUAUUUUGCGUUGGUCUGCAUGUAUUUGUCAGCCCCUGCACUGGUUUUGAGUCUUGAGGUUCAGCAUGCAAAUACAUUAAUGUGAAUUCCACCUUUUCAUCCCCUGUGUAAGUGAAUCUUUUUCCCAACUAUAUGAGACUCCCUUGACAAUUUAUUAUUCAAUAUCUGCAUCGUUGAAACUAAAUGUUUGGUACAAUGUUGUGCUCUGCUAAUCUGUAUAGACUAGGAUGGCAUUGCUAGACAUGAUACAAGGGGUAUCUGAGGAGAUUUGGAAUGAUAACGUUAUUGACAGAAGGGGUUAUUGACAAAGGGGGAAGCUAUAGUGCCAGGAAAACGAGUUACUUUACUGAUCCUGUUUAUUGAGCUGACUGCCAUAAUGCAAAUGCCAAGCUCAAACUUUAAGGUUUCUAAUUUUAACCUGUUAGCUCAGCAUUUUAUUUAUUUUUUAAUCUUGGGCGUUUCAAUAAGUGAAAUUGAUAGUGGUGGGUAAUAAUUGUAUAUAUUAGAGAUGUUUUCAUCAGAAUCGUCAAAGGAGUGAAUAGUUUAAUGUAACUCUUAUGAAAAAAAAGUUGUGGUUUGCGCUCACAAUUGUGAACUAUAUUUUUAUGUUGAUAGAGUUGACAGAAUACUUUAAUAAAAAAACUAAUCUGGAUAAUAUAUGUAGCGGUUUGACAAGUACACACUGUUUUCAAGUUAGGUUUGCCAACAUGGCAAUUUUGUUUCGCGAUGCAGUGUUUUCUGGGAUGAUUGCACGAUUACAUUAUUGUUGGGUCAACCUGUAUUGUUAGACUUGUUAGAUGCUGUUAUGUGUUCAGAGGGACAAUGGCCAUCAGCUAAAAGUUAGUGGUUCAGCAGAAGAAAUCUAUUUUAGAGGUUGGGUUGGGGUUUUUAUUUAUUUUUUUUUUUUUUUUUUUUAACCUGCAGUGGCAAAAAUGAAUCAUAUCAGAAUUUUGGUGUGUUUAUUGAAGUGGAACCCUGCUCACAAUUGCUGGUGGCAUACAGAACUCCAUGAAUUUGUUCUUGUUUGUCUACAAAUUAUUGGGAGCCGUUUCAAUUGCAUUCGAAUACUCCUUGCCAGCAAUUGCUUUGUUCAAAGUAGGGCUUCAGUUCAAUGUCCAAUUAACUUUAUUGCAGAUAGCAGAGAUAAUUGCUUGCAAAAAAUUGACUUGCCUGUGGUUGUCCCGAGCUAAAAUAUUAGCUUGACUGAUUUAAAAAAAAAAAAAAAGAUAGUGUUGCACUGCUGGUCUGCCUGUCCUCUCCUUACACAUUUCUCACACGUCAAGGUGGGUUUUGACAUAUUUUUAGGUUAAAACCUUAUAUAGAUCCUUUUGACUUAGAUGUUGGGAAUUAAACCGACAGGAAACAGAUGACUGAAUUCUAAAUAUCUGAAAUUACUCAGAAUUAAAUUUAAUUUUAUUUUGUGGCCAGUUAAUAAGCAAAUAUUUAAUUUGAUUUUGAUAGGGCUUGGCCAUGUGCAGUCCCUCUUUUAAUGAAAAUCUCCUUUCCAGCUCCUAAUUGGUUAACAAUCGAGUCCUGUUAAGGGUGAAUCAAAGUAAAUUUGGGAAAAAGAUCUAGCGAUUACUAUAACAUACAGUGAUUGGUGUAAGUCUUUUUUGUGGUCAUUAAAAAAAUAUAUUCGUUCCUUGAACAUUUUAGAAACUUUUAUUAAAUUUCUAUAUAGAUGGUACAUGGUCCCAUCACGAUUAGCUAAAAUUUCACAGACGAACCCACCAAAUUGUUGGCAGUGUUUUUCAUUCAGAUGGGUCUAUGAUACACAUAUAUGGUGGACCUGCCCCAGGAUCAAAACGCUAUGGAGUAUAACCUUUAAUAUUGUAUAUUUUUUUAGGCGACAUACCUCUUGAACAAAAAGCAGAGUUUGCUUUACUGCACAUAAUAGGAAGAGAUUUGAAUGAAAUAUCUGAUUUGGUGAUUUCUCAUUGCUUUAUGGCUACUAAAAUUCUUAUUGCAAGAUUGUGGUAAAAUAUUGAGAUACCUUCUAAGGAUCAUCUAAAAGCACAAGUAUUCCUACAAUUAGAGAGGGGAAAAGGCCUGAUAUCCAUGAAUAUAAUCUCUAAUUGUAGAUUCCUGGAGCAAUAUACAAUCUUGAUUGAGAAGAUCAAGGGGUGGUAAAAUAGGUCCAAUAGGUUUCUCGACAGCAAUGGAGGGCUGUGGGUGAGCUGUAGGAGGAGGUCGUUAAGCCCUUUGAGACUUCUGUAGGAACCUUGAGCAUUUAAUAUUUGCUGAUUUUUCCUUGAGCUUUGUUUAUUUUUUAAAAAUCUUUUUACUUUUGCUUAAGGAUGAGGUGCGAAUGUGGAGAGCACUCUGACCACGUAUUAUAUAAUCAGGCUGAAUAGACCAAUAUUGUAUGUCCUGGUGAGAAUGAUGAGGUUCCAAGCUUUUGUAUUAACAAUUGACAAUGUAACAGAGUAGAUUUACUGUAUUUGGGAAUAGUGAUGUCGCGAACAUAACAUUUUCGGUUCGCGAAUGGUGAACGCGAACUCCGCAAAUGUUCGCGAACCGCCAUAGACUUCAAUAGGCAGGCAAAUUUUAAAACCCACAGGGACUCUUUCUGGCCACAAUAGUGAUGGAAAAGUUGUUUCAAGGGGACUAACACAUGGACUGUGGCAUGCCGGAGAGGGAUCCAUGGCAAAACUCCCAUGGAAAAUUACAUAGUUGAUGCAGAGUCUGGUUUUAAUCCAUAAAGGGCAUAAAUCACCUAACAUUCCUAAAUUGUUUGGAAUAACGUGCUUUAAAACAUCAGGUAUGAUGUUGUAUCGAUCAGGUAGUGUAAGGAUUAUGCCUGCUUCACAGUGACAGACCAAACUCCCCAUUUGUACAAGGUUGGAUACCAAGCUAGCCAUGUCCCGUUCCUUGUCCUCACUGAUGUCAUUGAAGGUCUCUUCCUCCACCCAGCCACGCACAACACCAAGGGUCCCCAAAAGGUGACAACAAGCCCCAUGGGACGCCUGCUGUGUUUGGUCUUCCACCUCCUCUUCUUCAGACUCCUCUCUCUGCGUUGCCUCUCUCUGCGUUAUUAUAAGGUGUGUUAAGUAGUACUAUUCCUAUCAGUUUAAUCCCUGUUACGUCCCCGAUUUUAGGAACCGGGAGAUGGAAAAGGAUGCUUGGUCGGUCCUCCUACUUCAAAUUUGGGGCACUGCGCGUGCAAUCUAAUGUGCCACCAGAUAGGAGUGGUGUGUUAAGUAGUACUAUUCUUAUCACUUUAAUCCCAAUGUCACGACUACUACUGUGGUCCAGCACGCAGAAACUAUGUAAACAUAUACAUAGGCAAGAAAAGGAAAAUAAAAGGACAGAGCCUAAACCCGCCCUUAGAAUGGCCGGACUAAUACGCUAGAGACAGAGAAUGGUCAAGGAAGCCAGAAAAUACACAAUACCGUUUACACAAGCCAAGUCAGGGAAACCAGAAUUCAGAAUAACCAGGUGAAAGCCAAGAUCAGGAUACCAGGAAAUCAGAUUCACAAUGAUAAAGCACUCUCAGGAAACCAGGAACAGGAAACUACGACAGGGCAAGGCACUGGGGUGACUUAAAAAGCUCCGCAUGUCCUCCAUCAACACGUUUGUAAAGCGUCCUGUCCUUGCCAGCGUGGACGUGGGGGGAGGAGGAGGAUUACUUUCACCUCUUCCCCUGUUAGAUUCCCGUUGUGCUGUGACAUCACCCUUAUAUGCUGUGUAAAGCAUACUUUUUAAUUGAUUUUGGAACUGCUGCAUCCUUACCGACUUGCCGUAAUUCGGUAACAUUUCAGGCACUUUCUGCUUAUACCGGGGGUCUAGUAGCGUGGACACCCAGUACAGGUCAUUCUCCUUCAGCAUUUUUAUACAAGGGUCCUUCAACAGGCACGACAGCAUGGAAGACUCCAUUUGCCGAGCUACUCAUGUCCUGUUCCUCGUCCUCCGUGAUCUCACUGAAGGUAUGUUCUUCCCCCCCAGCCACGUACAACACCACGGGUACCAAAUAGGUGACAACGAGCACCCUGGGAUGCCUGUUGUGGUUGGUCUUCCUCCUCCUCCUCCUCAAAGCCACAUUCAUCCUCUUCCAGCGUUGCCGCAGGUCCAGCAAGCGAUGCUGAUAAGGCUGUUUCUGGUGGUGAUAGUGACCACAACUCUUCCUCUUCACGCUCAUCUACGUCCUGAUCCAGCAAUCUUCGCAGGGCACGCUCCAGGAAGAAAACAAAUGGUAUGAUGUCGCUGAUGGUGCCUUCGGUGCGACUGACUAGGUUUGUCACCUCCUCAAAAGGUCGCAUGAGCCUACAGGCAUUGCGCAUGAGCGUCCAGUAACGUGGCAAAAAAAUUCCCAGCUCCCCAGAGGCUGUCCUAGCACCCCGGUCAUACAAAUAUUCAUUAAUGGCUUUUUCUUGUUGGAGCAGGCGGUCGAACAUUAGGAGUAUUGAAUUCCAACGUAUCGGACUGUCGCAAAUCAAGCGCCUCACUGGCAUGUUUUUUCGCUGCUGGAUAUCUGAAAAGUGCGCCAUGGCCGUGUAGGAAUGCCUGAAAUGGCCACACACCUUCCUGGCCUGCUUCAGGACGUCCUGUAAGCCUGGGUACUUAUGCACAAAGUGUUGUACGAUCAGAUUACACACAUGUGCCAUGCACGGCCCAUGUGUCAACUUGCCCAAUUGCAAUGCCGCCAACAAAUUUCUUCCGUUGUCACAAACCACUUUGCCGAUCUCCAGUUGGUGCGGAGUCAGCCACUGAUCCACCUGUGCGUUCAGGGUGGACAGGAGUGCUGGUCCGGUGUGACUCUCUGCUUUCAGGCAAGUCAGCCCAAGACGGCGUGACACUGCCAUAUCUGGGAUGUGGAAUAGUACCUGGGGAGCUGGGGGGGUGCCGUUGAUGUGGAGCAAGAUGCAGCAGCAGAAGAAGACUCAGCCGAGGUGGUUUAUGGAGUAGGAGGAGUAGAGGAGGUGGCAGAAGGCCUGCCUGCAAGUCGUGGCGGUAUCACCAACUCCUCUGCAGAGCCACGCAUUCCAUGAUUGGCAGCUGUCAGCAGGUUUACCCAAUGCGCAGUGUAGGUGAUAUACCUGCACUGACCAUGCUUUGCAGACCAGGUAUCAGUGGUCAGAUGGACCCUUGCCCCAACACUGUGUGCUAGACAUGCCAUUACUUCCUUUUGCACAAUCGAGUACAGGUUGGGGAUUGCCUUUUGUGUAAAGAAAUUUCGUCCGGGUACCGUCCACUGCGGUGUCCCAAUAGCUACAAAUUUUUUGAACGCCUCAGACUCCACCAGCUUGUAUGGUAAAAGCUGGCGGGCUAAGAGUUCAGUCAAGCCAGCUGUAAGACGCCGGGCAAGGGGUUGACUUUGUGACAUUGGCUUCUUACUUUCAAACAUGUCCUUGACAGACACCUGACUGUGGGCAGAUGACCAGGAACUGCUCAAGGCAAGAGACGGAGGGGUGGAUGGUUAAGAGGGGGAAAGGAGGACAGCAGUGGUUAAUGUGGCUGAAGAUGCUGGACCAGGAGGAGGAUGGCGGCUUUGAGUUUGUGUGCUGCUUGUACUCAUGUGUUGAUCCCAUAGGCGUUUGUGAUGUGUGAUCAUGUGCCUUUGCAAACCAGUUGUACCUAGGUGGGUGUUGGACUUCCCACGACUCAGUUUCUUUUGGCACAGGUUGCAAAUGGCAUCGCUGUUGUCAGAGGCAGACACACAAAAAAAAUGCCACACUGCCGAGCUCUGCAAUGACGGCAUUCUGGUGGUGGCAACAGCAUGCGUUGAUUAGCGUGCUGAUGCAUGCUGUCUGACUGUGCCACUAGCGCCUUGCGACGACCUCCCCCUGCUUCCAACUCGUCUCCUCCUCCUCCCUGUCUCCCCAUCUGAACUUUCCCCCUGUUCUUCUUUUCUUCUAGCGGGCACCCACGUGACAUCCAUGGACGCAUCGUCAUCAUCAACCGCUUCACUUGUAUCUGACAACUCAGCAAAGGAAGCAGCAGCGGGUACAACAACAACAUCACACCGUACGUCCGUGUGUGUAAUGCUGCCUGACUGAGACACAUCCCUGUUAUCUACAUCCUCUGGCAAUAAUGGUUGCGCAUCACUCAUUUCUUCCAACUGAUGUGUAAAUAACUCCUCUGACAUACCAAGUGAAGCUGCUGUGGUGCUAGUGUUGGUGGGGGCGGCAGGCGGGCGAGUGGUAACUUGAGAGGUGCCCGAAGCUAAGCUGGAGGAGGAUGGUUCGUCAAGGUUUCGAGCGGAAGCUGUAGAAGAUUGGGUGUCCUGUGUUAGCCAGUCAGAACUUUUCGAGUUCAGGGUACGUGGCCUCUGAACACUGGACAUUAUUCUAGGGCCAAAGGGAAUUACAGCACCACGACUACGACGGGGUGGCCUGGCUCUGCCUGUCAUUUUUUUUUUUCGAUUAGUGGUACUAUGCGUGCAAGCUACUGUGACAACAGAUAUGAGUGGCACUGUGCAGUGGCAGAAGUUGGCAGAGUAGACGCUGUAGGCCUGACACACACGCUUGCAGACAACUAACUGCUCUUCAGUCUAUUACAUUCGAAAUUGUAUUUAUUUAUUUUUUAAAUGUACACUACUGUUACACCAGAUAUGAGUUGCACUGGUGUGACACUGUGCACUUUCAGGCCCUGAAAUGCACACACGUGAAGGAAACUGACUGCUAUUAUAUUACAGUCCAAAAAGUUUUGGUUUUUUUUAAAUGCAAGCUAUUGGGACACCAUUGAGUGAGUGGUGGCACUGGGCAAGUGGGCACAGUAUAUGCUGUGAGCCUGACACACAGGCUGGCAGGUGGGCAACUGCAAUUACAUUACACAGAAAAAAAAAAGCAGACUGAUGUUCUAGCCCUAAAAAGGUCUUUUUGGGGUGCUGUCCUUACAGCAGAGAUCAGAUGAGUCCUUCAGGACUGUAGUGGACACUGAAUACACUAGCCUAGCUAUCAAUUUCCCUAUCAAAUCAGCAGCAGCUACACUGUCCCUCCUCUCACUAAGAAUGCAGCUUCACAAUGAAUGUAAAAUGGAUGCUGUCCAGGAGAUGGGAGGGUCUGGGAGGGAGGGUCUGCUGCUGAUUGGCUGGAAUGUGUCUGCUGACUCAAUGAUGAUGAUGAAUAGGGGGCGGACCGAACAGUGCAUAUGUUCGCCGUCCGUGGCAAACGCGAACAAGUGAUGUUCGCCGGGAACUAUUCGCUGGCGAACAGUUCGGGACAUCACUAUUUGGGAACAAUGCAAGAUGUUUAUCUUUUAUAUGUAUGAAGUUUGUUAUCUCUGUAUGGAUGGUGUUUGAUUUGGGAGAGAUGUUUUGAUCUACUCACAUAUCUUAAUUUUGUUUGUUUAAUUAUGUAUGUGUGUUAUAUGAAAUUCAAUAAAAAGUAAAGAAUAAUUUUAAAAAAAAUACACUUGGCAGCAGUAUUUGUGUGAACAUAAAGGGUAAAUUCAUAAUGACUCUUAAAGGAACACUAUAUAGCAGUGCUUGACAAAUUUGAUUGAAAUCUAGGAGCCAGAUUUUUCAAAGUCAAAAAUACAGUUCUUAAUAAAUCUGCAUUGUGCACUUUAUUUGGCUGCUAAUACACUUGAUUGCACUUGUUUUUCUUUUUCAUUAACGGAGACCAAUGAAGCUCAAGACCUGGGAAAGCCUUUCAAUUUUAUUUUGAAGGCUCUUUAUUUGAUUCCAAAUUGUCAGUUGCUAAUUGGCGUAUAUAAUUGUAAUUCUGUUGUACAGUUUACACAAUGCUGUGCCAUUUCUUCCCUGGCAUGAUAACCCCUACUUUAUUAUAUAGAAAUUUGACAUACAACCUUGACAUCGGUGAGGGAUGAAAACUCAGAGGGAAUUGCUGGCAAGUUUAGGGGGAAAAAAGUUAGUCCGCAAACUGUGAUUUUGCUUUUUUUAGUCCCUGGAUAAAAAAUGGGUUUACUGGUCCAAGACAUAUUCAGUAAUGCCACAAGUAAAUCACUGUAAAAAAAGAACGUCACUGCCGCUGUUUUUCAAAUAUAGUUUUACAGUAUGUCAGUAGUUCAAUUUUAAGUGAAACAUUUGUUAGAUUCCUUACCCACGGAACUUUGACAAGCGUGUUCUCUGUUGGCUAAUCAGAUCUUUUAUCUGCUUUUUCAUUGGGACAUUUUACAUAGUUACAAGGUGACUGGCUUCCAGCACUCUUUGAUUUUUAAUAUCCCGCCCACUAAUACAAAAGGAAGUCUGACCUUCAAGAGGAGCCCCUAUUGUAAGGCAGUUCCUGGCUAAUUAAGGUGCUGCAAGCGGUAAUUGAUUGUGACUGUCUGUUGCUCUUACAGAGUUGGAUUUCAACCUGUUGGCUUUGAAGCAAAAUGGUACAGAUAAAGGGAAUCCAAUGCAUACAUCUCUUGCUGCAGAUUAUUAUUGGUGCUUUUUAAAAUACAAUUUGUUUUUGUUUCCCUUAUAAGAAAAACACAGAAUUUUAGUGAAUUAAAUGUUACAGAAUUUAGGCUCAUAGAUAUAGAUGUGAUGGGACUUUCGCAGAUUUACCAUUCAAACUCCAUUUAUUAAUAUUCAUUCUUUGAAUAACCAGGAAAUGUUGUGACAUUCAUUUUAACUGUAUAUAUGGCAUUUUUGCUUAUAUUCACAAACUGGCAUACAGUGUUUUGAGAACUGAAUGCCUGAGUGUACAUGCAGCAACUUGAGGCAUUGUGGGAAAAUAUUGAAACAAGUACCUGGAACUGAUUUGAAGCCAAGUGUGUGUGUGUGGUGUGUUUUAUUUUUUGUUUACUUCUGACGCGCAUGUCACCUCAAUGAAUGUUUCAGUAGCACACUAACACACUGAAAGCGGCACUGUCAUGCCAAACUUACCUUUCCUCAAUCUCUUCCUCUUCUCCCCCUCUCUCGGGAUCUGUUCUUCUUUUCUUCCUGUCUUCUUUAGUUUUCUUUAAAAUCAUAAGACAAAGUAGGGACUCUUUGCCUUAUGGAGGAUUCCUCCGCUUGACCAGCUCUGACCAGCGGAGGAGCAAAGUGUGCUUCAUUUCCGCUGGUCAAAGCAAUUUUCCCAUGAUCCUUACCUUUCCUCAGUGUUCCCACGAUGCUUCCUGUAAUUUUACACAAAACUGCCAAAUUGCGUUGUAACUGAAUGAGAACAGUAUGUUCGUUUCUUUUAGAACGCAAUUUGGCACUUUAUUCGGAUCGGAAUUUCAUAAAGACAAUGAGGGGGAAACCUACCGUCCAGCCCACACCCUGGCGGGGACCUACUGUCCUCCCCCUCCCCUCCCCUGCGGGUGGGGGCCUAAGUAAAUUCCCCCCCCCCCCACCCAAAUAGAAAGUCCCUACCUACCCCCAUCACCCUAAAAAAUAGUGAGGGGGGGGGGGAAUAAAAUAACUAACCUGUAAAAUAAAAUUAAACUUACCAUUCGAUGUCUUCUUUUUUCUCAAAUCUUCAUUUUUCAGCCCCAGAAAAGGCCAAAUAAAAAACCAUCAUAACUGUCGAACUAAAAAAACAAACCCGGGGGCAAAAAAAAAAUCCAUCUUCACCCAUGGAGGGCUCCGCGCAGACUGAGCUCCGCAGGGCGGGGGAAGGCUUAUAAAGCCUUGCCCCGCCCUGCAAUUAAGCUAAGAACACUCUGAUUGGUGGGUUUAAGCCAAUCCGAGUGCUCCUUGGAAUUUUCCCAGGCUAUGUAAAAUUCCAAAGAACUUUCCCACGCUGUGUAAAAUGACACAGUGCACUGUGAUUGGAUGGAUUUCAAGCCAUCCAAUCAGUGCUCUGUGUCAUUUUACACAGUGGGAAAAUUCUUUUGAAUGACAAAGAGCACUCUGGCUUAAACCAGUAAAAAAUGGUGAGAGCACAGAGAAACAAUAAUUACCCUUAUAUUCAAUAUAAAACCUGUAAAAACACAAUGGGAAAAACAGGCAUAGGGUAAUAACGUACAAAUAAUAUAUGAAUGAGUUUUAACCAUUUAUUUAUGUGAGGUGGAGUGACCCACAUUGCUGGUGAUUGUAGCACUUUGUCUUAUAUUGUUUUCACCAUAUAUACACUUAUUUUACUCUGGCUUAAACCCACCAAUCAGAGUGUUCUUAGCCUAAUUGCAGGGCGGGGCAAGGCUUUAUAAGCCUUCCCCCGCCCUGCGGAGCUCAGUCUGCGCGGAGCCCUCCAUGGGUGAAGAUGGAUUAUUUUUUUUGCGCUCUGGUUUUUUCUUUUUCGUCAGGUUAUAGCGGUAUAGCGAGUAGGGGCAUUGGGGAGAUUUUAAUCUCCCUUGUGCUAUUAUGGGGUUUAUAUUGACCCCCAUAGAGUGAGGGGGGACCUUGGGGGCUUAUUAAGUGGUGGGGAGCACUGCUCCCUGCCGCUUCUAUAGUUACAUACAAGGAGGGUGCUGCGUGCUAGUAGCUCCCUCCUUGUAAUAAACUGAACGAACACUGAUACAUAGAUACACUGAUACACAGUGUUUGUUUGUUCGUCUGAUAUUUCUAUUCACUCAUUCGUCUGUCGGAUGGAUGAAUGAAUAGCUGAAAUUCCUGUUCGCAUGUCCAGGUGUUUCACUGGGCAUGUGCGGGAAUCUCACAGGCUAUCUAGUGUGGGCAGAUGACGUGUCCCAUAGGGACUUCCUCUACCCACACAAAGAUGGCGGCGCCCUGAAUAAAGAUCGGGGCAGAAAAUAAGGAAGAAAAAAUAGGUAAUGUGGGGGGCUUAGGGGCAUUUGGGGGUGACUAGGGUGUCCGAGAUAGUGGAGGCCGGAGGGGGCUUAAAAAAAAAACCAAGAUUCGGCAUGACAGUGCCACUUUAAUGUUCACUUCAAAUCUGACUAUUCCUUUAUCUUUAGUUUAGAGGAGUGUUAUCAGCAGCUGAGUUACUCUUGUAUGAUUAUUGCAUGAAAAAACACAUAGCUUACAUUGGAUUCCAGCUUCCUGUGAUAUUUUACAAUUGAGCUGCAGGGGGUAGUAAUGAAAAUUGUAGAGAGAAGCUUCUUAUACUCGCUCCUGUUAUUUUAGUGGAUAUUUGAUAUCACACCUACAUUAAAAAAAUGUUCAGUCAGACUGACCGUUUCAAAGAUUAAGCAUUCCUCUGUAAAAAAAAAAAAAAAAAAAAGGUUGGUUGCAAUCUAAAAGAUGCCAGCUGUUUUUUUUCUUAAUGUGAUGGUCCUAAAAAAGUUCUGAUCAUGAACAAUCCCCAUAUUGGCAGUAAGCUGUAGUGUAUAGCCAUGCAUCCCUAUAAACACACUUUACUAUAAAUUACGUUUUUUUUCAUUAAGCUGUUUACAUUACUAUACUAUUGUAGCUGUAUGUGCAGUGUUUCUCUAGAACUCCCAUUCUGCUGCACAACAUUUUAUAUGAAGUGAAGUCAUGUCACCCUGAGUGACUUGGUAUGAGUCUCCUAAGCAGAGACUGCUCACCUAACUUGUAAGUGUCCUGGCAACCACCCAGUCAGCUUUGGCAUCAUGUCUUCUGACUGUCAAAUUUAUCUGCCUCUGGGUAAUGACUUCACACAUUCAGCAUGUCACAACAUACUUAAAGAUUGGGGAACAAAGCACAGACUAUGUAGUAGUAAACUAAUAUAAAUAAUUAGGCCAAAUCCGUGUUCAGCCACUCAUGUAGAUAUAAUGUAUGUUGCCAUGCUUCCUUCUCUCUCUUUUUUUAAUUUUUUUAUUUAUUUAUUUAUUUUGUUAGCUUAUUGGCAUCUUUGUAAGCCCCCAUUUUUAAAAGAUAGAUAUAGGUAUAUAUAUAUAAUCUUUCACGUAAAGAGUUAGAAACUGAUAAUGGAUUGUUGCAUACCAGUCAAAAAUACUCUACACAAUUACUUUUUAAAGGGGCAGUUUAGACAUUAUAAAUGCUAUAUGCUGUUGCAGUGGUUUUGGUGAUUGUAGACCAUUAUUGUGUCCCCUGGUUCUGCCCCUUUAAAAUCAGCAUCAUGUUUUAUUAUCUUCAGAGGUAAUUUUCUUUGCUAUAGACUGUAAUUUAAUUUGUGUUGCAUGAUGUUUUAAGAGCUAUGGAUGAGUGUUUGUUUCUACUGGCAGCGAAAGGGUACCAGAGAGACCUGAAUAUUGUUGCCAUUGCUGCUUCCAUCAGGUCAUUUCUAUCCUUGUCAUUUGUAUUUGAGAUUUUUUUUUUAUUUAUUUUUUUUAAAGGCAGUUUGAAUUGUAAAUGAUGAGGUCACAGGACGUCUUUCCUAAUGUGUUUCAGAUGAGCUUUGAAGGUUAGAAGCUAGUAUUGUGACUUUGCUCCCUUUCUAAAGGGAUUUAAAAACACGGUGUAUUGCAGGCUGUGAGAAAUUGCAGGUCUUAUUUCAUAGGGAUAACAUUCCAGAGCCUUCCCUUCAAUUAUGUAAUGUAGAUUACCAUUUUAGUUCUGCUGCUAUCACACCAAGGAUAUUGCUUGCUUACACGCUAGGUAUGUAACAGAUUGUGUCAAGGUCUCUCUCUGGUUUUGUGUGUCUGUGUAUAGCAGACCUUGGUAUUACCAAUCUAUCUUCUACUGUGUGCUUAUAAAUCAUGCAUCUGUGUACAAAGUGCAAACCAUGCCUUUCCUGUGGUAUGCUACGAAGAACCACAAAAUACAGAUUUUAAACUGUUAACUUGACCGUUGUUAAGCUCUGCCUUUGUUUUAAUUCUAGUUUAUUUGCAUGUGCAACUAAAGAUCUUUAUAGUUAUUGCUUUUGAGGUAGGUUUACAAGGGUCAGGGUUGUAUAUUAAAAAAAAAGAAAUGCUCUACAUGUGGCAGUUGCUCUCUGGUCCUAGAGGUCUGCCUGCUGUUGGUAAAUUAGACUUUUUGGUGGGGGGAAGGGUAGUGCGGGGGGUGGGGGUUACAAGUUAUUUUGUCAUAUGAAAUAUUUAUAGGGUAAUUCACCAAAGUGCAAAUUUUAAGGAAUUUAAAGUGAAUUUGCAUGUUAAGGCCAAAAUUAUUAGAUGGUGCAAAUGUACAGGAUAUGUGCUGAAUUGAAUGUAGCAUUGCAGUCUUUUUAGUUAAAUAGAAAAAAAAAAAGGAUGGGGGAAAUUAAUCACCUUUCAGUUUUCUCCAAGGUGCUUCACUCUAGAUGUUUGCAAACUACGUUGGCAUUGAUCAUUCUUUUUAGGCUACCUGAACAUCAUGGACAAUCUAGUUACCAUUUCUAUGAACAUGUUGUUUUCCUUUGUUUGACCCUUUCAGGCUAGUGUUUAAAAUCUAUUUAUGGCUAUGUCCUUUAUUAUGACACAAUGUCCCUUGUCUGUAACAAAUAUUUUCCAGACUUCUUUUCCACAUUAAUUUGCUUUGCCCAGCUGUCUCUUAUUAAAUGUCAUGCCAGGCGGAACAACUAUCACAUUAUUGUAAUGGUAAAAUUUCCUGUAGCCUGGUUAACUCUUUAAGGACACACAAAAAAGUUCAGCUACAAAACCAAAAAUUUAAGGUUCAACCAUAAUUUACUUCUUUCAUAUUAAGUGCACCCAGGGCUUUAAUUUCACAUAACAUAAUGUGUAUAAAAACCUAAGUUUGAGAUAUUAAGAAAGGGUUUCAGCGUUCUGCAUGGCAUGUUAACUGUGUAUCUCAUCAAAUGGUUGACUCUUAACGCAAUCAAAUACACAUUUGUAUGCUGUGAUGUCCCCUGAGUACAACAACCCCAUCCCCAUGUACAUGUUUUAUGAGGUUUUGGAAAGUUACAGGGUCAGAUAUAAGGCUUGCCCAUUUCUGUGUUUACACAUUGCAAAUAUGUUUCCUUUGAGACCGUUAAAGCAGCCCAGGAAUGAAAUUGACCCACUCUCGUGGCAUACCAUUUGCAUGGUAUCAACAAUGAGGGUAUGUCCAGUCUGUUUUAGUAGCCACUUAGUCACAAACUGUGGGCAAAGUUACUGUACAUAUUUUUUUUUUUUUUUGCCUUUUUCACACAAACUGCACUUUCACUGAUCACCAUAACAGCGUUGAGAGAUUAUGGAUUUCCACUUAAAGGACCACUAUAGGCACCCAGACCACUUCAGCUUAAUGAAGUGGUCUGGGUGCCAGAUCCAUCUAGGUUUAACCCUGCCUGCUUUAAACAUAGCACUACAGUGGUCCUUUAAUGGACGACAGGGUUUGUCAGUUACAUAUCAAUAUAUUUUCUGUAAACUUAAAAGGUUAUUCCAAUCAUCAUAACCAUUACACCAGUUUAGUAACUUGUUGUAACAUUACUGGGGAACCAGGCCAGGUUUCCCCACUGGAUUCUGGUGGUCUAGUGACAUGCUUCUAACUUAUGCAGAGCCACAGAAGCCAUUUAUUGUCUGCGAGCAUAAGCUGACUGCUCUUGUCCAAUGAAUGCAGUUCCGUGCAGGGAAAGUUGCACAUGUCUGAUAUUGGUCAACCCAGAACGCUAGUUUCGGCCUGGCUGCGGACUUCCCAGUGAUGCUGCCAGUGGUUCCUUCGGCAGCAGAAGGCUUAUAUUCCAUAUGUGAAUUGUUAUAAUUGUGAAUUUAUGGUAUAUAUUUCACGUAGCACUGUUUAACUACUAAUGAUGGAACUUGUGGUUAAAAACAUUUGUUUUGUGAAAUUUGCUUGGUAUCUAGGAGCAAGCUAAAAGUUAGGAGUUAGGUUUUAUUUAAUUUUUAAAAAAUUUAUUUAUUUAUUUUUAAACCAACAAAGCCUUAUAUUUAGCGACAAAAAUAAAAUUCUUAAAGACUCUAGUCACCAGAGCCACUCGAGUUUUAAUGUAGUGGUUCUGGUGUUUAUAGCGGUUUCUUUUUAGUCCAGCUGUGUGCAGCACAUAUGUUCAGUGUCUCCACGCUCUGCAUGGAGGCGCUGAAUGUGUACAAAGUGCAAACCAUGCUAAGGGGAAAGCAUUAGCUUGGCUGAGACCAGCAAGAUUGAUCUCUGCCAUGGAGGUGGGGCCAGCCAGGGCAAGACCGGCACUUGCAAAAAAUAGCGUAAAAUCCUUUCCCAUGCGAUCAGAACACACUCACCACAAAUUAUUUUCUUUUAUUUAAGCCCAGCCUGCCUACCUUUGAGAGAACUGGAGUGAAUCCCUUCCCUAGGUUGCAGUGUGGCUGCUGAAAAUUUCAAGCUCUUCUGGUUGUGCUCCAUUGAGCGCUGUUUAGUGGUAGUGGGGCCGGUUUGACAUCAUAUCCCGGCAUCACUGCAGGAUGCAUGAGAGCGCAGAGCAAGAAGAACUUGAAGAUUACAACUCCCUCGCCACCCGCCUUCGCUCUCUCUCAACCGACCGGCUCCGUUCUCCCUCACCACUGAACGUGUUGACAAACACCCAGGCGCCAGGACAAAAUUCCUAAUCUCCAUGGCAAUCUAGCAUCUCGGACUUGUCGAACCCUGUCUUAACCUACUAGUCUUCAUUCGAUUAUUUCCUGAACUGUACACCUAUUGUUUACUCUGUAAAACUCCAAUAGAAACCAUAUAUUGUAAAGUCCGUAUGCGCAGUGUUUCAUAGCGGACCUCUACAUAUAUAGACUCCAGACACAAUGAUCACUUCAAAACGCUGAAGUGGUCUUGGUGUUUGGAAUAAGCCUUUAAGCACAAAAUGAAUAUAUGUACAAGUGAGGUGUGUUUUCUUUGUGUUUAUACAACCACUUUAAUAUGGGAUAAUAAAAUAUGCAUGCAUUUUGCAGGGCAGGUGUGAUUUCCAUUCUUUAACCCUUUAAGGACACAUGACGUGUGACAUGUCAUGAUUCCCUUUUAUUACAGAAGUUUAGUCCUUAAGGAGUUAAAGGAACACAAACGUAUUUUAGUGGGGGCAAUAGACAGCCAAUAGGAGAGCCACGUUUACAACAAAUCUCUGUUUAGCGAAACUCCUACUGAAAAACAUACAAUUUAGGCAUAUAAUAAGACAACUGUAAUUGGUAAAUGCAAUUAAGAAGGAAAUCGGUGGAAUGAAUUACAUUUUUAAUAUUGAGACUAGCUGAAGAAUUCAUUAAUAAACUUCUUACUGUAUUUGUCUUUUUGUCUUUUCCAUCUCCCCACCCUGUGUAUGUCUUUUCCAUCUUUCUUCAUGUACUGCAACCCUACCUGCAGAUUCACAGCUUCUGUUUCUCUCAGAUUCUCCUCUCGACACCUGCAUUUUGUUUUUCCUUAUUUUACACCCCCUCUACAGACAUCCUUUUUUCCUUUGUAUCCAACUGCUAGAAAUGUCAUUUUUUAUAGCCAUUCCCAAUAGGCUGUAGGAAACGUGAUGGUUUGAGCAGAAUGUCUUGCAUGUAAACCUGAAAUGUCGUAAUCCAAUAAUCAUGAGUAGCUAUUUAUGCAUUUUGUCUUGUACAUAUUGUUGCAUUGUAAUAUAACUUGCAUUAUCUUGUGUUUUUGUAUUUGUUUUAUAGUGCAAGGAGGAGUGGGAUCCCCAUGCGGUGUUAGUGCCGGUUUGCCAUGCUGGCCUGUCUACCAGGACCAGGUGACCUCUCCUUCCAGCUUCUCUCUCACCCGCAGAUGAACACUGGACUUCAGAAAUGUAAGUUUGAAAUGACUUUUCCUAGGGAAUGAAUGUGGUUUCAUUGUAACUGUUCAUCACUGGCAUGUCUUGAUUUAUAAAAUACACAUCUCCCUCAAAAUGGUAAAUGGUAAUCUCCAGGGCUGGUUAUAAUUAUAAAAAUAAAAUCCUUCCCCAACAAUUGCAGCCCCCUACACCCUUCACUGCACUGCCUCCCACCAAUGACUUAUUUGUGCAUUAUCUCCUUCCCUCCCUUAUACCCAGUUCUGUAGCUCACUGUAUUUGUACACACCCCUUCAUUGUAAAUAACAGUGAACUGUUUUGUAUCGGGUUUUAUACGAUUUUGUGCUGGGAUAGAAAUCGCCCUGCACAGAUGUGAUAAAACUAGUACUUGUUUGUUCCUUAGCUCACUGUGUUAUAAUGAAAGGGUGGGUAUAAAUUUCUCGCUGUACAAAUUACAGUGGGCUACAGAACUGCUAUAUAUUUAUUAAAGGAACACUAUAGUCACCUAAACAACUUUAGCUUAAUGAAGCCGUUUUAGUGUGUAGAUCAUGCUUCUCAAGUUCUACUGCUCAAUUCACUGCCAUUUAGGAGUUAAAUCAUCUUUUCUGUUUAUGCAGCUCUUGUCACACCUCCCCUGGCUCUGAUUGACACAGCCUGCAUGAAAACAAAACUGGUUUCACUUUCAAUCAGAUGUAAUUUACCUUAACCAAUUGUAUCUUUCUCUGUAAAUUGAACUAUAAUCACAUACAAGAGGCUCUUGCAUGGUCUAGCAAGCUAUUAACCUAGCAGAGGAUAAGAAAAUCUAAAUUAAACAGAACUUGCAAUAAAGGAAGGGUAAACUGUAGAUGACUCUUUACAGGAAGUGUUUAGGAAGGCUGUGCAAGUCACAUGCAGGGAGGUGUGACUAGGGUUCAUAAACAAAGUGAUUUAACUCCUAAAUGGCAGGGAAUUGAGCAGUGAGACUGCAGGGGCAUGAUCUAUACACCAAAACUGCUUCAUUAAGCUAACAUUGUUUUGGUGACUAGUGUCCUUUUAAACCUGUACAGGGAGGGAAGGAGACUCUGCACAAAGACUUAAUUGGUGGGAGGCAGUACAGUGAAAGGAAUAUGUGUAGGUGCAAUUGUUAGGGAAUGCAAAGAAGUUGGCCACUGCCUGUGAGGUUUCCAGUUUUGUAAAUCGCUUACAUAGGGUUAGGUAUUAUCUCAACACAAUGUUUUUUGAUGCUGAGACACAAUAUAAAAUGUGCUAAAUGCUUUUGUAACAGACACUGUUGAGAAGUGCUGUAAUCAGUUGGUCUUAAAAUUUUGAUUUUAAAAAAAAAUUGCGUUCUGGUUUGGAAGAUACAGACUAAGGUUUACUCAAGAGGAGGGAGUGAUGUAAGCUUUGAAAAAUUAUCAUGGGGACAUGCAGUAACAAAGACAUGAAGUUCCAAUGUUUGCACUCCCCUUUGUACAAUAAUACAAUCCUUAAAUCACCUCCCCCCACAUUGGAUUGUGUCAGUAUGGAGCGUGUAUAAAAAAAAUUCCAUCCUCCUUUGAAAUGGUCUUUUGUUCAUUUGGUUUAGUCCAGAGUAUGAUACAGUCUGAUAACUUUUUGCUUCUUCUACACUUAAUCUGCAUUCAAAGGAUUACCAACUUUCUUAAAAUGACUUGCUUAAUUACAGUUUUAUCAAAGACCAUUGUCUUUUCCAAUAAAAGAGAAUGCUUACAGUGGGUUUUAAGUCUUGAAUAAGUGGUGCUUACGCACAGCUAUGCAAAUGAAGCUGAGCAGCCGUUUUAGUGCAAGGUAGAGUCCAUUUCUCACUGGCUUCUCAUGCCUGACUCCACGUACACAUAAUAUCUUAUGCACAGGCAGCAGGUUCGCCUGCAGGCAUCAAAUAAAUAUAACUUUUAAACUAUAUAUUUGUUCUACAUGUACUUUUACACAAUGUAUGUAUUGAAUAUUCAAACUUAUUCUGAAUGGAAUCUACUUUUGGAAAAAAAUAAAGUUCCUUUCCUCUUUCAUUCUAAUGGAUUCUGUUCUUGUUUUACAGGGGAUACUACACAGAAGAUGAGAUCUGCUCAGCAUCCUACUCCAGCAGAAUUGGAUGCUUAUGCUAAGAAAGUUGCCAACAAUCCCCUGACAAUAAAAAUUUUUCCAAACAGCGUUAAAGUUCCCCAGCGGAAGCACAUACGCCGCACCGUGAACGGACUUGAUACAUCAGGUCAGCGGUACAGUCCGUACCCAUCACAAGUCAGCACAAAGACAGGACUCCUGGCCAUUGCCAAGUCUACAGCUAAAGGUGUCUUGAAGGACUUUGACGGCACUCGUGCUCGCCUUUUGCCAGAGGCUAUUAUGAACCCCCCUUCUUCUCCAUACGUUGCACCUAGCACUUUAAACCACCCUCAGGGGCUUUCUCGUCCCCAGCAAGCCCUGCAGCACGCUCAGGCCCUGCAACACGCUCAGAGCAUGCAGCAGCAACAGCAGCAGCAGCAGACUUUGUCCCAUUCUCAGAGCAUGCAAUCUGGCCUGCAGCUCUCACAAGGCCUGCAGCACCCUCAGACAUUGCAGCACCCUCAGGGCAUGCCACAGGGGAUGCAGCACUCUCAGGGUCUGCAAAAUACGCAGAGCAUCCCCCAGCCCCCAACCUUGCAGCACCCACAGAGUGUUCAGCAUACACAAGGAGUGCAGCACACACAGAGCAUACCACAGCCACAGGCUCUGCAUCAUACGCAGGGCCUUCCACAGACAAUGCCGCGCCAGCAGAGCAUGUCACAGACUCUGCAGCACCAACAGAGCCUUCCACAGGCAAUGCAGCACUCUCAAAGCCUGUCUCAAGCUCUGCAGCACACACAGGGAUUGCAGCAUCCUCAGAACAUGGGGCCACAGCAUUCGCAAAGCAUGCCGCAACAACCGACUUUACAACAUGCCCCUGGUGUGACACACCAGACUAUACCACACCCCACCAAUAACCUCCUGCAGUCAGGUUUACAUGGAGCUAGGAAGAUGCCAGACGCAGAUGCCCCUCCGAAUGUGACAGUGUCUACCUCAACCAUCCCCCUCUCUAUGGCUGCCACUUUGCAGCAGAAUAGACCACCAGACCUGGGAAGCAUUGUGCACCAGAUCAACCAGUUCUGUCAGGCCAGGGCUGGUAUAGGCACUACCUCGGUAUGUGAGGGACAGAUCGCCAACCCUAGCCCCAUUAGUCGUAACCUGCUUAUCAAUGCAAGCACCAGGGUCUCAACUCACAGCAUACCUAUGCCUUCCUGUGUUGGAUCAUCUGUAGACCACGCUGCUGCUGCUAUUUCCUCUGCUGCCUCUGGAAAUGUCCCUAUGGUUAAUAUGAGCAGAGUGCCUACUUCAUACCCUGGUGACAUGAAAGCAAUGGGAUGGAACCAGCAUCAGUUAGCUCAUCUACAGCAGAUGUGUGGAGAAACUGCUGCUGCUAAACACACUCAGAGAGAGAUUGCUGCCCAGGGCUUUUCAGCCAAGCCGGCAUCCUACCCACAAGAACUGUGCAUGGGCCAGUCUUUUGGCUUGAAGCCCCCUAUUGAAAAACCCACACCUUCCCCACCUGUGAAUGGAUUGCCGGGUUCCUUGCCAUACACAAACGGGCACUAUUUCCAGCCCAUGUGGAAUAACAUUCUGCCUACUCCAAACAGCGACAGCUCUGGAUCCCAGGACCUUGCCAUGCCUUUCCACGGGGGCCAGGCAGCUGGUGCACCCUUGGAUUGUGCUGGAGGGACUCACUAUCGAGCCAUGGGGGCCGGGUCUUCCAGCCAGAGCAACAUGAUGCAGACGAUGGAUUACCUGAGUGGAGGGGAGUUCCAGCAGUCAUGCUUCAGAGAUCAAAGCAUGGCCCCACUUGCAAAGGUUCACAGACCCCAAAUGAGCAGAGCCCCUGAAACAUCAGAUAGUCGAAGUAUUCAUGUUCAGCAUCCAGGGUAUAGAUAGGCUACAGUCACUUUUGCAACAAAGAGGGUUUUAGUCUUAAAAUGAUUAGCAAGGCUCUUGUAUCCUCUUCAAUUGGCUAACUUGUUGUGAUCAUUAUAUGCAAAUGUAGCAACACAGUGCUGUAAUACUUCAGAGUAGCUUAAUGUAAGCUCCUUCAUAUUGUGUUUAAUUUAUAUACAGUAUAUAUUUUUUUUGUUUUCUUUAACCUUUUCAAUGUCUGUAGUGGGUUGUCUGUCAAUUCAUUACUAGCCUCCCAACACUGAAAGGUUUCAACAUGCUGCUUUUUAUUAUGGGAACACUAAAACCUCAAGUGGUGUUCUUUAUAUUUUUUUUUUUUUUUUUUUAAAUCUUCUUUCUUGCUGUCCAUGUAGACUGUAAGAAAUAGUCUUUGUUCGCAUGAUCAAGAAAUGUAAAAUGCCUGAGAGCCAAAUGGGUCCAGUAUUCCUAAAUCAAAUGGCCUGGGUUUGUCAGCAUCCUUAACAUUUUGUGCUGUUCUAGCAGGUUCUUUCGGUGGGAUGUGGACUUAACCCACCUUUAUGUCAGUGUAGUCACACCAUGUUGAAUUUUGAUUAACCUUUUUAUUCUAAAUUCCUCCCCCCCCCUUGUAUAUGCAGACUAUCACUGGAUAGAAAACUUUGAGGCACUAUAGUAAGUCUGCAGACUUUUUUGCCCCGGACAAGGUUAUUCAUAACCCUGUGGUUUUGAGUAUUUUAAUUUUGUAACUAAAAGGCCAAGACCCUUAAGAAUUACACUUUUUUUAUUUUAUUUAUUUUUUUUCCCUUCUUGGUUGGCAGCUUUUUGUUUUUGUGCCUGCACGAACAAACUCAUUAUUUCUUAAGAAAUCAAAUUUUCCUUACCCCUCAGGGGUUUCGUGCACUAAAGCAGUUUGGUUACCCUACUAAAGAUAUUUGGCUUUUCUUUUUUCCCCCUCUGGAUAUCUUACUGGCCUAGCUGCUGUAGUGCCUUAAACUAAAGUUACACAGAGGGUGUGCAUUUACCCUUUCUGCGAGAAUUUUCUUCUUUUUUUUUUUUCUUUAGAAUAUUUAUUUAAAUAAAGCUAGCAGGUGGACAGCAGCGUGUCUUUGUUUUUAAUAUUUGUUCAUGGGGUUAAAGGAAAGUGCAUAUUCUCUUAAUUUAUUAAGCACUACAUCACAUAGUUUAACAUUUUUUUUAAUAUAUAUAUUUUUGGGGGGAGGAGGGUGCACCAGAAAGUUACAUAAUCUUCAAAUAGUGAUCCCUAAAAAUGAUGAAAUAACACCUUUACACAGUUUGUAGUUUGGUGUAGCUUCCCUACUCUGGCAUGGUGUUUUGUUUUGUUCCUCCUUCAUCCACACCCUCAGCCCUGUUGCUUGUUACCUGAAAACUACUGGUUACCAAAGGCUGAACCCCCAAUCUAUUUUGUUUGUUUUUUGUUUAGUAUCAGAGUUUUCCUCCAGCCUGUAACAAAUUUUGCAUCAUUCCUCUUUUACAGUUUAGAAUUAAGCUGUUGAAGUGUUUUCACCUCCCUACUCCAAUUUAGGGCCUGCGUGGUACAUUAAUGACUUCUUAUAAACCACUAAAUAUUGUACAAUGUGAAAACCUGAUCUAAAUGAGAUCAAAUAAAGGACUGCUUCAUCCCAGUGUUUCCAACGCCACCUCUUAAAAAAAAAAAAUAAUAAAAAUUUAAAAUGUUCAUCAAACAUAGAAGGGAGGUGUUUAUAGUAUAAUUCAGUCUCCAAUAAAUUAUGCAACUUUAUAAGGUUCACUUUGAUUUUUUUUUAUUUUUUAUUUUUUCUGAAAAGCAACCACAGUUGACACUCAAUUCUGGAUUAGAAUUUUUUUUUUUUGUUUUUAAAUAUGUAGUGUGUGUUAGUGUGUAAAGAUGCUCACAUUCCUGCUUUGGUACAAGCCCAGUAAUUGUUGCCCAGUAAGCUUCUAUAGAACCUUUGAGUUAAACUCCCAAGAGCGCCUUGUUCCCAUAAAGCACUGCUUACGAUAUAACACCAUCUUGUUUUUGUAAAAAGAUUGAGUGCAACUAAAACUCCCCAAAACUGUUUUGACGGUUUGUGUAUUUAAAAGAAAAAAGAAACUCUCAGCAUAAACAAUUGCAACAUCCUCACAUUGCACCUAAUAUGUAAAUGCAUUGUGUGCC